AUGCCAACUAAUCCUACCUUCUACAUUGAAACCCUCAACAAGCAAUGGCACAAACUUAGUACAGUGAUAAAAAGGCAGUCAACAAAACAAUUCCAACAACAAAACCUACACAUACUCACAUCUACUAAACCACCUACCUCACUACAACAAAUUAUCAUACAAAUUAACCACCUACUAGAAAAAACACAAACAUUAACAAAUCUUCCUAUUGAAACUCUUAGCAAAAAUAGUCUAACUUAUACCAACUUUAGCAACACUGUUAACCAACUACACACAGUUCACAGCACUCUGUAUAAUGCCUGA